UACAUUCCACAAUUAAUGUCAACGCAGCUAGCGUCCUUAGAUUCAGUCAGAUCGUUACAGAUUGCUCGGGAAGAAACCUUUUUACUCGGUGGAUUGAUUUUGCUUCAACACUUAGAAAAGAUGGCAGAACAAGAAUUUAUCAUGGAUGGUGUUAUUGGAUUUCUUCAAAGUCCAAUAUGGAGGGUUCCCGUUCUUUCUUUCAUCGAACAUAAAUGUAUCGCGUUUGACCCCGAUGAAGAAAACAAGAUUGUUUACACAGAGAUCUAUGAAGAGUAUGGAAAUUUGGUGGAAAUGUUACUGCAAAGCUUCCUUGAGGACCUCAACAUCAACGCUGCAUCCUUCGUGGAAGUUUGCAAUGCUUUCAAGACCAACCAGUCACAGUCCAAUAAAACCGUGUUUGAGCAGGUGUACGCGGCCCAGGAUUUCCAGGUCUUCAAGGCCAUGAUGACACAGAAGAACAUUGAGCUGGAGCUCCAGGCCUUGAGCAUGCUCCAGCAACGCAGCGGUCAGAUCCCCGACAUCAUGAAGCCGGGGGAGAGUACGCCGAUCGCACACUCCCAGGCGCAAGAGGACAACGAAGAGGAGCGGAUCCUCCAAGAAGUCCUGGCGUUAUCUGAAAAGGAAUAUAAAGAAGAAAUGAAGAAAUCUAAGAAACAAUCUAGUACUGUGAACACAGCCAUGGAUAAGUCGCUUGCAUCUGGGAAGGAGGUCGAGCAGCUAAAAAUUCAUAAACAAAAGGAGGAAGAGAUGCUUGAAAAGACAUUGAAGUUGGCCAUCUCCGAGGGCCCUAAGCCAGCACCAAAGCCAGCAUCAACCAGUAAAACUCCAAAACCUCAGUCUGCUACAAGUUUACCCAAGUCACCGACACCGUCAACCUCAAGUUCUGCAAGUAGCAAGUCCUCGAGGCCAGUGACUGGCCAAGAAGCAGCAGCUAAUUGGCUACUCAGUGCUAAAGCAGAGGCAGCGAAUACAUCGGGAGGGACAGAAUCCAGAGUCAGUAACCUGUCAACAGCAGAUCCCAGUGAUUUAGAGAAGAGAGCCCAGUACCUGAAACAACAACGUGAUAUUCUGAUCGCCAAGAAGAAGAGCGCUCGGGAAAAGAGCUUGGAUGCCUACGAGCAGAAGCAGGUCCAAGCGAGGCCAAAGUCAUCACGAGCUGCACGACAGGCAACUCAAGGUAAUGUCAAGCUGGAUGGGGGUAUUGAUGAAAAGCAGCUAGCCACGAGGAGAGCUCUCGCUGAAUGCCUCAAGAAUGAAGUCAUUGACAAAUAAUUAUUCAUAAAAGAACCCAUGUUACCGUCUUACAAAGAGUAUAGAUUGAUCCGAUCGACCACAACUGUAUGGAAAUCCAUCGAUGCCAGAAUAUUUCCUCCCUGAAAUUUGGACAAUGUCCUUUGUGAAUGUAGAGGAAGCAGACUGUACAUCUUAUCUCGAAAUUUUUUUGAACAAACAUGCAUUUUAAGGCUACCGCACACCUUACAACUGUUCGCGAUCCGAUUUU